AUGGGUAUGCAAGCGAUAACUAAUCGAAUCCAUCCAGGCCACAUCUUCGGCUUAAUGCACGAACACUCACGCGGAGACCGCGAUGACUACGUCCAAUUCAACGGUCCCAGUCUCACCGGCUACCACGAAGCUCUCCAAAAGGCUGCUGCCGACGGCUUUACCAUAAACGAACUCUGUAACAUCUUCAAUGUUGCGAAGCACUACCAAUUCGACGCUUCAGAGUACUACAAGUGGACGAACGACGGCUUGGCAUACAGCGCGGAAUAUGAUUAUGAUUCGAUCAUGCAUUACAGCUCAUGGCAGAGCCACAACCCUGCUCUUGUCAAUCAAGAUCAGAACAACCCCGAUAAUUACCCUUUGGUUCGACUCACUGGUGGAAAGAAUGGUCAGAAGUCGCUCCUUCCGCUGCCACGUCCGAGUGGGCAGUGGGGAAUUUCUAGAUUGGAUAAAGAGGCUAUCAAGUUGUUGUAUCCGUGGGAGUAA